GGGCACAUUGAUUCAAAAUAUUCGCGCGAUUCGCGCGCAUCAUAUCAUGGCGCACGCGCGCGGGCGGUAAACAUCUUGAGUAGCUAGAAGCACGAGCAGUUUCGGGAACUUAGCACGUGCUGCCGUUCUCUUUAUCUCUUUAUUUAUUGGGCAAGAACAUUUGCGCAACAUGAAAACUGUGUGUGAAGCGCUGAGUGUGCGUGGAGGUUUUAGGCAUCUGUGAUCAUGAAGUGGUGGUGCCUGUUCCUGAUCAGAGAUGAUGCUGGGAAGGAUAUUGUGGAAGAAUAUUUUCGCCGUUUGAAUGUGCUGACGGCUUCAACGUCAUGGAAGGUGCGCUCAGCAGCGAACCACUUGCUACCGCUGAUGCCCUAUCGAGAGAUUCACUUCGCGAUCUUGCCAUUUCUCCAGAGCACAUGUGGGGAGCUUGAGGUGUCAUGGAAGUCGAGCAAGUUGGGUUCGUUCGAGAGUGAUUUGCAAAGCUGGUUAGACGACAUGGCAAGGUUGAAAGACACCUACCACUUUCCAUCUCAGCCGUCGCCGGCCGAAGGUGCCAGCGCCGCAAAAUGCAUCGACGACCUGCUCGACAAUUUGCCAACCCCUGGGACCUAUAUUCUAGAGAUUAUAAUUGAUAGAAGUCUGUUUAGUGACUUGGAUGUCAAAGCCAACGUCUUACUCUAUGGUUCCCUGUUCAGAGCCUAUAUGUGGCAUCACGCUGCUUUUAGACCUCUGGGAGUUGGUUCUAACAGUUUACAGCUGAACACUUGGCUGGAUGACCUGGGAGUUACUGGCUUUGCCCUUCAAGCUGCUUGGCUUCCCGUGUGGAAAGGACGCAUCGCUACUGGAAAUAGUGUGUCAUCACGCCACUUCGAGCUUCAGUGCUCUGUUCCUGUUUUUGAAUUGACGGCCUUAAACAAGAUUUCAGCAGCUUCUGAGGAAAAAUCUGUAAGUGAGGACGACGUGGUUUGGAGUUCAUAUCUAGAGGUCUUGGAGGAAUUUUCUUUUAGCAGCCUCCCAAUGCACUUGGUCAUUCCUGUUCCUUUUAGGCUUGUGCCUACAUCAACUAUUCAGACUAUGGCAGCAUGGUUUUUGAAGUGCCAAGCAGCUGAUCAGGAGAGCUGCGUGACUGUGCGGCUGUCAUAUUGGGAUGACGUUGAGCUCAAAACAAAACCAUCCAAGCCCUCUAGCUCAGAAUGGCAGCGUAAUCUACUGAUGGAAAGGCCAUUGCAGUCUGCUUCAGUGGGCGACCAGUGCCUUCAGAAACCAAGUGGCCACUUGCAUUUUAUAUUAUUGUCAAAUGGCAACAUGAACCUCCUUUUCCCUUUGCGGAAAACGCCUUCCGCAACAGAAAUGUGCCUCUACUCUGGCAGAGAGAGCACUUCCUCGCCACCCGUUCUUGAAAGUGCUACAUGCGAGCUGCUGCAAGACAUCCCACUUGUUUGCACCGAUAGCAUUCUUGAUUCUGUGCAUCACAACAAUUCACAUCGCCUUGCUCUGCUCAGGAACUUUAUUGCUGGUGGUCAAAGCUCCAGCCACGAUGUUGAAGCGCUUGAAAAAUCUUUCGAUAAGAUGAGUGUGGAUGAGUCUGAAUGGGUGAUUCAUGCUUCUGGGAAGCCUUCUGUGAGCCCACCUGACCACGUGAAAUAUGCGUCUCUCGGUGAUCCUUCUGACUGGCCUGAAAGGCGGUUUCUUGUUUCUGAGUCACUCAAGGGAUCGGCAUCCGGUGAAAAUCACGCACUGUCCAACGCAGGUGGUAGUCCUGGCCAGAAGAUGCUUUCUAUAUCAGCUGCUGAGAUAAUUAGACUGUUUGAUGAAUCUGGACAUGCCAAACGAAAACCAUUGCACCCUGUUCAUGCUGUGGGGCAAAGCACCAAGCCAUCAAUCGCUAGGAACGAAGUGGAAAGCACAUAUUGGCCAGAUGUCCUUCAGUGCAAGUACCAUGAUAUGUAUUACAACACAGACUCUGAAGUACUGGAGAGCUCCUGCUGUGCAAUGAAAGAGCAAUGCUUGGUUGAUGAGACAGCUACGACUUGCACAUCUAGUCUGGAAAGUUCAACGCUGCCCCAAUCCAAAUCUAGGAAACCUUCAAGCAAGGCAUGUGUUCCUGUACGCAAGAGUCCUCAAAAGCAUAGUCUUAACAGGGACCGAACCACGCUGCGAGGCCACCAAGAAAAGCACUCUCUCUCGUCAACACGCAAUGAUCAUGUUGCAUCGGCAUCUCUUCGUAGGAGCCCACGAAAGGCUUCUUCAACUCAGAAUGUGCCACGGAAGACAGUCCCUCUAGCCCGGAAUAGCCCGCAAGCUGCUGCUUCUCCCUUUUUGCUGCGAAGGAGCCCACGUAAAAAUGCCAGAAAACACGAAUAUGAUGAUUCAAGGAGAGAGACAGUUGAUGCAAAUGGUGGUUCAGCAGCUGAGAAACUCCGAUUGAAACUGCGUGUAGCUGUGGCAAAUGCUCUGGAAAAGAAUGGUGUGUCUCAAAGCAGCCCCCUUUACAAACCUUGCGGCAAGAAGCUUUUUGCCAUCUGUAGUACCUUUGCUAAGGAUCUUGUUGGCAGUGGUCGUACAAGUGAGCUGUUACAAAAGAUUGCAGAUUCCCAUGCAAAGCAGGUUGUAAAAUUUGAAGUGCUCAAGCCUGGACACCGCAAGUCCGAGACAUUGGGAGCCAGUUAAUGAGCUUUUUAUAGUGUUUUUGAUAAUAAAAAGAUUUUGUGUUUGCAC